AUGGGCAAACUUCAGUCAAAACAUGGUAAGACUAUCAUUGUAACAAUUGCAUUUUUCUUAUAAUUUGAGUCUUAAAAAACUAACUAUACUCUCUGUUUUGCAUCCAUGUUCUCUGGUGAUCUGAAGCGUGUAAGCGCAGAGAAAACCCUGAAGGUAAACAUCAAUCAUUAACCCGAUAAAGAGUCAUAAUUAAAGAUCAUGUGAGUCACUACAGAGUCAGCUUUGUAUCAUAACCUACCUGCUGAUCAGUGUGUUUUCUUCGCCUCUCAGGAGACAGUUUUGUUGUAAAUGCCUUCCUCCGGAGAGGGAUGGAGGAGUGUGAGAGGUACAGCGCGACGGACCACAAGCUGAAGAGCAUGCAGGUAUCAGACAAUUUCUAUCUCCCUCUUAAAAAAUGCAGGUUAUGACUUAUUAGAAUAUGAGUGUUUGAUUUUCUGUCUGAAUGUGUCUGAUCCACCUCUCGUUUGGUGUAAGUUCUGCAGGAUCAAAAAGGCAUGUUAGUGUGAUUGUGUGUCUUUGCUGAUGGGAUGAGUCUAUCAAGCACUUAAAAAGUUGUCUGGUGAAAGCAGUGACACCCCCUCCUCCUGAAAGAUGAGCUGAGAGCCUCCACUUCAGGGGGAAGCAAUCUCUUUUCACUGGCGUAUGUGAAGACAUGCUGAUGUCUUUGCAGAGUUGUAGCUUGUUGUUUUUUCUGUCAUGUCUGGCUCCGACACAACACUGAGGUGGUUAUUCCCCUGCCAACAUCACUGGAUAGGUUAUGACAGCUAUGAGCCCGUGUGUGUGUGAGAGAGAGAGAAGCGGCUUGGCGCACAGAGACUCCGAGUGGAUGGAAAGGAGUCGUUUCUCAGACUGUUAGGGAUAUAAAGUUUACUCUUGUGGCUGCUGGCAUCAUGACUCAGGGCUGUGUCUUUUUCCUCGGUGCCUCUCAUUCGACUGCGGUUCCCUCUGUGGCAUAACAUUGCAUCACUUCAAUUAGUUUCUACUUUUAAGGGUCCCUUAGUCUCAAACUCUCAGACAGAAUCUGUGAGAAGUUCACUCAGAGGUGCUGAAGAUGUGUGCGGUGGGUGGCUGUAAUAGUGGAAGAGUUAUAGAUUAUAUCAGGGCCAUAAAACGCCCACUCAUGGCAAAUUAAAAGAGAACUUUACUCUGCUUCAGAGGAAACUGACUUCACACUCCCCUGAAGGGAAACCACCAAAGGCGUAAGUUUGACACUUAUUAGUAGGUGGGUCCCACCCUGACUUUUAUCAAAGUCAGGCCCUUGAUUUAUUCUGUGUCAUUAACUAGCGGCUCAUUCAUGAACCAGAGCUGGAUAACUAUCAUAAUUGAACCAUCGGGAUUCCACUUAGAGUUUGUGCUGUCUUUUAGAGUUGUGUCUGAUUCAACGUGUUGUUCUUGAUAUGGAUGUUUGGAUGGUACAAUAAUAACAAAGGUUUUGUCUUUACUUUUUGUAGCAGAGAAAUCUUUGGUAUUCAGUCUACUCCCAUAGCUCUGUUUUGAACACAUUAUUCCAGCAUAUGUUAAACUAUAUAUAAAGGUUUGGUCUCUUUAUACCUGGAUGUUUUCACAAGUAUUGAUUUUUGAGUUUGGAAAACUAUGUUUUUGUUACAAAUUAGGGUUAAAAUGUUGAAUGUCCACAGUCAACAAAGGCUAAGUUUCAAAUUGUGAGGUAAACGUGUGUUGAAAUAAACCAAGGGUAUAAACACAGGUUGGUCUGAAAGGUCACAGGAAAAUUAAGUGAGACGUACACAAGAUUUGCCAGUUGGUGAUUCAUUUGAACAGAGCACAGUGAAUUACAAUUACUGAAAAGAAAUGUCCUGCUCUGUUUUUUGCUGCUGGGAAUUAUUUUUUUUUUCUCAUUUCCAAACCCUUCAGGUCAGACUUGGGGUCCAAAGUAUGAUCAGUCUUUUUAAGUGCUGAAACUCCAGUAAAUUUGAUGAUGAUGAUGACUCCUCAUGGCAACAGUAGAUGAGACUUCUUGAGUGCUGGGGAGUCAUGGGUGGGGUUAAAGAGACAGUAGAUGAAAUUUAUCUUCUUAGACAGGUUUCACCAAAGAAAAAAAGGGUAUCUAAAAGUAACUUAAUGCUCCUUAGUAAGCCAUGAUCCUAACUGUGCAUUUCAGGUACAACAAAUCCCAGUACACCUCCAUAUAUCUCGAAAACAAGCUUCCACUAUUAUAAUUCAAGAGAAGUCUUAUUCAACACAGAUAAAGUUAUUUAAAAUGACUGUAUGACUGUUCUGUUUUAAGUUCCCAGGAAACUUAUAACUACCAAAAAAAAGAUGGAUCCCCUCACUCAUAUAUCAGGAAUCAUCUUAACUUCUAGUCAUCUGGUGUGUUUGAAUGUUGAUGCCCUAGUUGUGCGUUUCAGCAGGUCAAUAGAGAUGUUCCUGUACUCACUCUGCUGUGUCUCAGAGGAUAAAAUGCUUUUGUAUUCCUGUUCUGCUCUGGGACUCUGGGACUACCCAUGUGUAAUUGUUGUUCCUGCUCUUACUACAACUGCAGUGUUUGAGUGGGUUGAGUGAUGGUUUGUCUCUGAACAGUGUCCAAGGAGGAAGAGAGGGAAAAGUUUUUAUAUGGAGUGUGCAAGUGUCAUGUUGCCGCCAUCUGUGUAUUCUUGUGUUUUCGGACGGUAUUCACUCCUCAAAGUGCAGCAUGAUGCACAUAUGCCUUUUUUUAAAUUGUUUCGCCAAUCAAACUCUGAGGCCUGUCCCCCUUUCAUUCACACGCUCAGACCUCGCAUGAGCAAGGUUAAGAGUCAGACAGACAUCUUACUCAUAAGUGUGUUAGUUUGAAACUAAAGCAGGGGUUCCCAUGCCAGGAUAUAGAGCUGUUAUCAUAGAUGCAAUGAGGUUCAGAUCUGAAGGUAACUCAAUCAUGUGUUAUUUUGUCCCUUUUGGCAUUCUGUUGUUUAGCCACAACAGUAUCUUCCGACUUCUUGCUGCUGCCAUGAUAGAAAAUAAUGCAGCUGCACUAUCAAAUGGCAUAUUUUACAUACUGUGCUCCCAGACGGCCCUAUUGCAAAAGCAUAGUAAUAUUCAUUUUAGGUCAAACAAAAUUAAACUAUCACCAAAGUAUUCAGGUUUGAGCUAUCACUUAUGAGUUAAGCAUACAGGUGCAGCGAAUCACACUGCCGUCAGUGGGCAAUUGCAUCAUGGUUUCAGACCACACAGGUGCAGCAGGAUAGCAUUUCUUUAAAUAACAAGUCCAACAGUCAAGACUAUAAAUUUCGUUGCAUUCAUUUGAACCCCAAAUCCAGACUCUGGUGUGAAUUUCUUCAAAUUGUUCAUAUAGACUUUAAAUCUGUUUAAAACUGCCAAAAAGUGGUAAAUCAUACAUUGGAUUAAAAGUAAUUAAUAAUUAGAAUUCAGCAAUUUAAUAUUUUAAUUAUUUGACAUAUUUGUUUGGACAUGUAGUCGUCACAAGACUGCAAUUUUACCGCAUAGUCCUGAGCGAUAAUGAGCAGGAACCAUCAAAUUUACUUAUGAUUUUUUACAGGAGGAGAUUGGCCAAACACUUAGCCCUGACCAUCCCCCUCCUCCUCAUUGUCAAACGGGGGAGUAAGAUUCCUGAGCUGUCUGGCUGUGACUUCAAAGUGCAGAGCUGGGAGUUAUAAAAGAGCUCUGAUAUCAGUGGAGCCUCCGAACCCUCACCCCUCUAUCUCCUCACCAUGUCAUGUCCUGUCCAGGGGGAGGGGGUGAAAGCACUUACACAGGCCCAACAUCAGUUUGCGCAAACCUGUAAAUCUUUUGACAAAAGUGGUUGGUUUUAUUCAGCAACUUGUGAAUGCUUUGCUGCACUUUAGCAAGAAACAACAAAGGAUCAAAGGAUGUAAAGACAUGUUUAAAUAUUUAUUUUGCUGCAAACUGUGAUUCAAGAUUGCAGCUGGCACUUUGCCUUGAGUCUGUAAUCUUAAAGGCUCAGUAAAGUGUGGUUUGUGUGGUCAAAGAGAGCGUGAUUCAGCUGCUCAUCCCGGCAGCCCACUUUGACACUUGGUUGCAGGUGUUCAGGGAAGUCUUGAGGCUGGUGUAAUAUAGAAAUAAUCUGGGUGAGAUCAAAGUGGCAGUCCAAGGUGUAGUCAACCACCCUCGCCCCAUAAAUGUAGCCAAGUCUGUAGUUAUUGAAUAUGUAAUGCAGAAAACUCCUAACCCUCUACUUAUCCAAAUAAUGGAAGAGCUCUGUGAAGGUUCACUGUGUUUCACCUCUGGAAACAUCAACACAUCAGCCGUCUGAACCUCUCUCAAUCUUUUACACACACACACACACAGCCACAGUGCUUCUCUUUGGAGCUUCAAACAGACAUGCUCAGAUGCCCAAAUAAUGACAGGCUAAUUCAUCCUUUCAGCACCAUCUUUUGUCUCAAAACUUCCCACAAACUUGGCUUGUGAAGAAGGAGCAUGUCAGCGUUUUAAACUCCACCACAAAGACCUUUAUUAUUCUACUUUGAAAGCUUCAUAAUAUCACACUUAGAGAAAAAAAAAGGGGGCUCGUUUAGGGAUUCAGUUGCCAAAAGCUGUAAGACACAAAUUUAUUUUGACUCACGGAGAGUUACACAGCACUCAAACCUCAAUAAUAAAUUUAGUUUAAGAGUAGAGUUCCCACUAAACUAAUUGUAGGCUAAUGUUUUUUUAACAUUCAUUUGGAAUCUGUGAAUAAGACUUUCCCCUUAUAUAAAAAUCCUCAUCUGGUGAUCCUGCUCAGAAUGGAUGUUAUGUUUGGAUCGUUCUGCCCUCGCACAUUUAGGUAUAUCAUCCAGCCGUCAUGUUCGUUUUGAGGGUGCUGUGUUUGAUUUGGAUAUGAGGCAAGGAUACCUGUGUAAUCCUCCGGCUCUGACCCUAAAUGACAUUUUUUUCAGUACAUGAACCCGAGUUUAAAACUGAGGUCAUUUCUUAUUGAAUCUCUUUGUGGUUCCUUGAGCUCUCCAGCAACAUUUCCUGACCUUUGACCUCCAUGACUUAAUCACAAAAGUCAGAAAAAAGUUUUUUUCCCCUUCCAGGAACCACUACAAUUUGUUAAGGAGACAAAAAGUUGUGCUCAUGUAUGUACUGCUUUUGAAGAGACUUGAAGGCAUUUGGAGAGUUUGUUUUUUUCCACCUCUCUCCCUCUCUCUCUCUCUCUUUUUUUUUUUUCUUUUUUGAAAUUGGCUUCACAAGAAGGCGAGCUGUGAGCCUUCAUCUCUGAAUGAAAAGCAUGUGGCUGGCAUCCAGAACAGCGGGGUCUUUCAGCACGGCCCCGGCAGACAUCUGUUCCUGGUUUGUACAGCAAAAUCCUGGAGCAGGGAGGAGAGGGGCUGUGGUGGAAAUGGGGUGGAAGAGGGAGAGGGAGAGAGGGUGGCGGGGCAAGAGGAAAAGAGGAGGAGGAGGAGGAGAGGAGGGGGGUUUAGGGUGUUUUCUUUUUCAUGGGGGAGAUGUUUGAAGGGAUUGUGGGGGAAGGGGCUCAUCCUUCUUGCCCCCUGCAUUGUUUAGGUGGAUAGAGGCUGACCAUUGAUCUACCUUACCUUCUAUUAACAGCUGUUCAACACGCAAAUCGCUGACUUUCUUCUGAGUUUGUCGCCAGUUGUGCAAACGUCAUCACCUGGUGCGCUGCGACACUCAUCACACGUGUAAGAUGCUUGUCUUGAACCUCCUUUCUAAGGUGGGAAUCACCAAGCGCCCUUGUCUCUCUGUUGCCUCCUGUUAGUUUGUGAUUGAAUGCCUAAAAGUGGCGCCUAAUGGAGUUACACAUUACAACACUGCAGGCGGAUGAAUGUUUAUUUUUUCUGAGGAUGUUUACACUGUCUCAAGUACUCUGCAGAAGUUUGCUCACUUUCACCCGCAUUCUCCUGUGACCUGUACUCGUGAAGAAAGUAAGGCUCCUCUCUGAACAUCAGACUGAGCCAUCACACCUCGGUUAGUCUGCUGGGAGAGGAGCAGAAUUAGCCAAGGGCACCUGAGGACCUUUCCACCACUUAGAUAUGUUGGUAAAAAAAAAAAACAGAACUUUAGCGCAGGUGUUCACUAAAUCCGGGACUCAUCUAAGACCCUUAGAUUUACAGUUUUUUCUAUUUUUAGGGUGUUAUGGUUUGAAGAAAUAUGCAUCAAAUAAACAUAUCGCAAACAUCCCAAAUUUUCCCUCAACGUCAUUAUGCCUUUAGCUUUGGGGCAGUUGCCCAUUUUGCCUAAUUGAUAACCUAAAAAUAGUCUCUUUACAAGUUAAAAUCAGUGACAACUGCAUGAAAAGAUUGACACUCCUCUUCUUUUUGUUUGAUUGGUAGAUGUUAAGCUAUAGCUCACAGCUUAGCCCGCAGCAAGAUGGCAAAAAAAUUCUCUGAUUCAGUAGAAAUAAUUAAAGAAAAAAAAGCUUUCAUGUUUUGUUUGGAACUAUGAGACAUGUAACUGUUGCCUUGUUGCUGCUUCUGCGAGCUUGCAAGGCAUUUUUUAAUUUAUUGAAUUAACUGUCACAGGAUGCGAUGGAUUCCUUGGUUCCCCUCCACCUGUGCGCCAGUACCGCCAUUUCAAGGCAGGGUUUUUAUGCCCCAUUACAUUUCAUCUGCAGGGACUGAAGGCUUAAUGGUGGACUGGUGGGGUGAAGUCGUUCUGCCUCUUAUCCUCCUUUUUGCAUCGGGAUAUUUGACCUUUUUGAGGUGCAGUAUGUGAGUGCAGUGACGGAGACGGGAUAGGGAACUCCGAUAGUUAGAUAGAUAAAACAGAUUUGAAAUGUAAAUAGAGAUAUAUCAGGAGAAGCGAUAUCAUGCCAGAGCUGCAUUUCAUCUGCAUGUAUAAAGGCAUGAAAAACAUUUUAAAUAGCUUGUACUGCUCAAAAGAGACAUGUAUAUAUUUAGACAUGAGGAUGACAGUCACUCAGCUCCCUCCACACCUGCAGAUGUAUUGAACGAGGCUCUUUGCCUUUGGAGCCAUCUCAGUCCCAUCAUCGAUGCUUUGAAGUCACUUACUUCUUGUCACUGCUUUUCAUGUUAUUCAUGAGAAUUCUGUUUGUGAACUUCAGAGAGAUCAGCGUAGCUUCACAGGACCCCAUCACAGCAAGUCAUCAAUCUUGAAACUAUGUGUAAUUAUCUCCACUUCCUGAAUGGAGCCUGGGUUUUCAGUGACACUACAAGACUGGGACAAGCAUGGCCGCUGACGACAGCAGAGAGACCUCACUUCCCCCUUCACUGCAGGGUGCUAGUGGAUGCUUGGGGGCAGCCCCAGUGAGGGUUAACACUGGUCUGUGUCUUUGCUCUCCCUCCCUGCUUGGGGAAAGAAAAUACCUGACGUUGGAACCCAGUGCGCUUAGCGCUGACAUUUUUGGCAAAGGCUGCUGGAUCCUAGUCGUUGUUUGAUCUUAUGCUUCUCCCAGCCAAGUAAAACACCGGGAGACUCAAAGGUUAUUACAUUUUAGUGUGUAAGGUAUGUUUCCACAUAAACCCUUGUUCCCCCCUCAAAACGCUUUAGCUCUUUUCCAAGAGGACUGCAUUUCGCAAGCUGCAGAGGAGCCAGGAGAAUAUCAUAUUUUUUCAGUUAUGGUUGUUGGUGGUGCUAUUAUAUGUAGCACUUAUAGGCUAUCUUAAUUGAUUAGAUUGUUUAAAUUACAUUUGCUGCAUGUGAAGAGUGUAGGAAGGAGAGAGGAAGACGACAUUUUGCAGAUUAGAAGGGAAAUUGUUCAAAGUUAAAGUGGAGUUUGUCAUUUGGACACAGUUGGGUCUAUGAAUUCAGGCGGUGGAAAUCUGAGACCACCUACACAAACGUCAGAUGCUGACCUGACAUAUAUUCCACAAUAAAGGACAAGAGAAACUAAACAACGGUGUUCAGCGCAAUACAAUGAUAGCUGUGAAUGACAGAACAUAAACCUUUGCUGUGAGGAGGUCUCCUUUUGUUGUUUGCAUGAGAAAAAGCACAAAGACAAGAAAAAAUGAAAGAAAAAAGCACUCUCUUUGACAUAUAUGGUGUUUGCACCUUAUUUAGACUCUUUGUUCUCUGUUGAUGUGUUUCUUUCCCUUCUUUUUGGCACUUGGUCCUUUGAAUUUGCUUUCUAUGUUGAUCUUAAAAAAGUACGAAGCCUUCACGGUAACCUCUGAACGCUUCGAAACUUCAUCCUUGCUCCACAUUCCUGAACCUGACGCCCUGCUAGGUUUGAGACUGGAGAAUGAAACACCACACACCACACACCCUGCAUGGCUUCCACCAAGUAGAUUGGCACUCAUAGCUGCGUACAUGUAAGUCAUUAGUGUGACAUUGCACUACACGCAGAUCUGUGGAUGAAGAACUCAGCUAAGGUGUCAUACUGUCUGUGCUCCUCUGAGGUUUAGGAGUAUUGCUAUGUUUUGGGUGGUUUAUCAACAUAAUCUACCUCAAGUCAACUUGAUGACUUUAACUGUGAUCAAAGGUGAACACAGACUAACCACAAAAUCCUCAUCCUAUCUCUCAGCUUCAGACUGCCAUAGUCAGAGUUUUAUCAAACCCAAACCCAAACCCAGACCCCCGAGGAGCUAGGCAUCUUUCUCUCUGCUCUAAGCCGAUUUUCCCCCUCUUUAGGACCCCAAGCCUGCACAUGUGUAGGUAUCGCUGUUACUCAGCUCAUAAAACGCCACAGUUCCAUCUGAAAGUGGUUAGCUGUUGAAACACACUUGCAGCUUCAAAGCCUGAAUCUGGGCUGCGCAGACAGCACAGGCCUGGCCUCCUUCUUCUGCACAUCACAUUCCUCUCUGAUGGGGAAUGGCUGCAAACUUGCUUUUGUUACACAAACCUGCUCCCGCCAUCAGAACCCUCCAUGGGACCCUGUUAGAAAGGGACCUGGUUUAUUUUUGUCAUAGGUGGUUCAUUUUCUGUGGAGAGGAAUGAUUGCAGAGUGAUUCCACAUAUGUAUUUAGAGGAGCUAAGGAUUCAGUGGAUCUCACGUUGUAUAUUUAUGUACCCAAACACCUUUUGUGCUCUUUCUAUAUGCGACAGAGAGGGAGGGAGAGGAUGAAACUGUGCUGAAAGAGGCCUCUGUUCUCAUUUCCUCUGAAAGCAGCCUUCUUUUCUUCCCCCACCCAUUUCUUUCCUGAGCCUGUCCACUUCAAAAGCUGACCUGGCCCUGUGUGCCGUGUAACAUGUUUACCUAAAGGCUCACUUCAAAUAAACAGCAGUUCUCCUUGAGAUGCCUGCCCCCUCUCCAUGAGAGACUUUCAGAGACACCAUCUGUUCAAAAGAAGUGCUCCACAAAGAAAACGCACUCUUCUAAAUCAGGAUACCGUUUCUUCAUGUUGCCGUUGAGCGUCUUUUUCAGGGUAUAGCUCCAAUACAUGCUCACCAGAACUAAACCGCUCAAAACAAUGAGGACAUGGCAACAGUUUGGUCUGUUAACUCAUGAAUUGAGAUCGUCAGCUUAGCAUAUCCCCAUGGCCGUACUAGAAGUGACCCACCGGGACAAAAAAGUGGCCUAGCGAACUGCUUAAGUUGUCUAUAUUUUUAAUGGCGGCUUUGUUGCAUAUGAAAGUGCCACUUGAAGUGUCGUACAGACUCACAACCAGUUGGAUUAGCACAGCAUGUGGCAUAGCAACACAAAUGUAAACAGACGACAGCAUACAAAGAAAGUAAUGCAGCUUUCUCACAAGGGGUGGGGGAAAAAAUCGAUGCACAUAAGUAUCGCAAUUUUUUGUUUUAUAACAAGAAUCGCAAUUUAGAUCGAAUUGGCAUCCAAAAAAUCGUAGAGGAAUUGAAUUGAGAGGAAAGCAUAUCGUUCUUGUCCUAUUUCUCACUAAUGCAGUUGUUUUGUUGUAAGUAAUCGAGUUAAAACAGCCAUCAUAGAGGAUUUAACAGACCUCCCAGCAGCAGAAACUGUCCUGUGUCAUCAGCACUGUGAUUGAGUUUUACAUAGAUGCCACAGAUCGGGAAAAGUUUAGAACAACGAUGGUUCCUGACCCACACUCCAGCAUAAGUUCUCAGGACUUAUGUGGAGGACUUAUUCCCCUCCGCUUUUUCUUUCCUGUCUAUUUAGGGCAAAAAUACCCGUUCUUGGUUUUCAGGUAACUCGGGUUACAAUGCAUCAAUCACAGGUAGCCACACCCCCGAACAUAACUCCUUUAUUUGCCAGACCAAAGAUACAAAAUGGAUUCAUUUCUGGGUUUAAGAUCAGCCGCCUUACUGGUCAUCAAAAGGAAAAUGAAUUAAUGAAUAUUUCAUUUUGGUAAAUCAUUAAAGAAGAACAAUUUGCAUGAAUCUUCCGCUCGGGUAACACAAGAUAAAAAUGUGUUUACAAUUGACCAUUUCACUAAAACUGACACAGUAAAGCAGGUUCAGAUCUUUUCUUUUGAAACUAAAUAUUUAUGUCCUUUUCCUUUCUCUGGUUAAAAUUCAAAGAAUGAAGCACCCUGAGGUAGAGUAGAUUUCUCCCGUCUCUUCUGAAGAGUUCUCAGGUAUAGCAGAGCUUCACUGCUCUUUUUUUUACAGGUACCUAUUUCUUUGUGUUCAUAGGGGCUGACUGAUCCUAUCACUUUAAGAAUUCCUGUGAAUCUGAAUAUCUGAACCUUGACCCACACUGCUUUGAGAACUUCUCUAUCCUGGCAGCACCUGAUUAUCUUAUAGCUUUUAAGGUAUUACCGCACAUCGGCUGCUUCCGCUUUUUUGAAGCAUCAACGGUCUUUGAAGAACUUUUAUCAAACUUAUAAGUGUCACACUCAGCGCUUUUAAGUGGACUACCUCCAGACUUACUUUGUGAUAAAGAGCACAACUCCAUCAGACGUGUAGCUUUAUACCUGAGAUAAGAUAAGAAUAUACAAGCAGCAGGGCUAAGCUAACUGGGCUUGUGUGUAAGUACUCUUUCAUAUAGCCUCACAGCCCUGGUUUGCAGUAAUUAUGGCUGUGAAAGCAGUAACUCUGUGUGCGCUCUGCUGAGCUGCCCUCUGCACCGCAGCCUUUUGAUCUCUGCUUGUGCCAUGGAUGAAUUACGUUGCAGAAUUUCACACUGGGGAACAGUGUUUCAGACACACACAGCUAGUCUGUCAGGUCACUAAAGUGCACACAUGGCAGUCCAAAAGGAGGAAGCACAGAUGUUGUAGUCUCGCUGUCUGUGGCCUCAAAAUCAGUAAAAAAUCAUAAUUCAUGCUUUCCCUCAGAAGGCUUUUAAAUUCUUGCCUUGUGGUUUAGCUUUCAAAAGAAAUUUAUCAGACCCUCAUUUCCUCUUAUUUUCUCGACCAGAAAUGUUUUUUGAGAAUAAUUCAGUAGAAGUAUGAAUGAGCGGUGCAUGAUUUUAGUUCAUCAGUAAUUGGCUCAUGUGCUACUUUCUUUUUCCCUUCAUCUCAUGUGUUCAUUUUUUUAAUGGCAAGUUGUUUCUCAUAUGCCGAAGCAUUUCAGCCGGUGGCCCUCUGGCAAUGGUCCGAUUCACAUAGCCAGGCUUUCUUCACAUCGUCCUAAGAUCGUGGAGUCCCCUCUGCUUCCUGCGCCCAGCAGGAGUGUAUUUUUAGGAAUCCUCAGGAAAACACUUGGUGUUGACCCUGGGUUGACCCCCUGUCUGGUUCCAGGUCUGUGAGGAACUUCACAUCUUGGAAUAAAGCCUGUUCUUGCAUCGUCUAGAAUUCUUGUGGUCUCUGAGACUGGCAGUCCCAACCGCACAGACAAGACAGCGAGUAGCGCGGAGUAAGAGAGGGUUACACAACAACACAGACAGAGACAGGAGAUAAAAGAGGUUCAGACACUUUGAAUAUGCAGCAGCAGCUCUUUUUUGUGUGUCAGAUUUAAGAGAGUGUCAAAAACUGUGCAGCAGUCUGGAAAGCCAAGACAUUUUUUUUAACCCAAACAAUGUUGGCAGGAUGGCCUAAAGCCUUAAAUAUUUCCUAGUUAGGAGGAACUGCUACAAUUAUGGAAACGAGUGGCGUCUCCCAGGACUUGAGGUUUGGCAAGUGUCACUGAGAAUAGUUAGGCCACAGAGGAUGACUUAUUAGGGGCUCUGACUGUAUGCUUCCCUGUCAUACUUAGUUAUUUGUUGCAUCCUUCUGCGCUGAACUCUGUAUUUUUGCUGUCUGACUGGUGAUUCACCCGCAGGGCAACACUCAUACAGAACAACAGCAGCCUACAUAUUUGCCUAACAUGCCUCACAGAUGGAUGUGAGUGGAGUUCAUGCCACAUUACUGGCUGGUUGGUCACGGGCACCUCUUAUCAGGGUCAGUCAUAUGGAUCUGAUCUUCGCUGCGUAGCUUUCCCAAAGGGAGCAGUAACAACUCUCUGAUUGUAAAGCUUCGGUUUUGACCCUGAACCUGUUCUUGUCCUGGUGGAAGAAAUAUUCAGGAAACAGCAGGAAGCUCAUUUAACCGACCACAAGUCCUCGACAGCAAGAGUGACUCAGAUUUAAAUGAGCAGCAGGGAAGUCAGGAUGAAUUAGAGGGACAGCAUCGUCCAAGCUGUUGCAGUUUUUCCCAACAGAGGGGCCACAGGUCAAGCUUUUUACAAGAGAGAGAGGAAAGUUCAGCUAAUUAAGAUUCAAGUUUGUGUUUGUAAAAGUACAUAUCAGGUAGAAAAUAGAUAUGUAAAUAGACAGAUGUAAAUGUAUCAAUAAUUGGAGCACUAUCUUUCCCGUGAAUAAGAUAGCCUAGUCUUUCUGGUAAAUUUUAGGCAUACAGCUAACAUUAAUGCUGUGUUUGAGUUACCUCAGAAGUCAGAUGUCCGAGCUGGGAAUGACGCCACACCCGAGUUACCAGUCUUUCAGUUACCAAGUCGGAAAAAAGCAAAAUCGGAGGCAGAAACAAGAUGGCUACAUUUGCAAAAGUUAUUUUAACGCUAGUUAUUUUAGCUAUUUUAAGUUAUUUUAUCAUCCCCUUUCGUAGACGUAGCCAUCUUGUUUCUGCCUCCGAUUUUGCUUUUUUCCGACUUGGUAACUGAAAUGCUGGUAACUUGGGUGUGACGUCAUUCCCAGCUCGGACAUCUAACUUCCGAGGUAACUCGAACGCAGCAUAACCUUACAGUAAAAAUGCUAACCACCUAUUAGCUUUCGCCACCACAUGCAGCAAUUGAGAAAUGGUAAAAAGUUAAGAAAUAGACUCAAAAUACAUGUAAUUUAACUUUUGGAAAAUUAAAAAUAGAGAUGGCUAACUGUGCUGAAAGGAGUGAAUAAUCUGGGCAUACUGUAAAACAAAGGAUAUCAACUUAUUGAUAAUUGGCCCUUUGAUGCCUGAAACCACAAAUUAUGGCCAGAAAAUACUUUUUUUUGGAGCUGAAAUGUUUUUUUCACUUACUACUGAAAACCACAAAAAAAAAAAAAAAAAAUUCCUUAAAAUUUAACAAAUAUAUUUAUUUAUCUUGUUUGAUACAUUAGAUGUUUUUGGAAUCUGAUAAACCAAGAGGACAUUUUUAUCAUUUAUCGGACAGUAUUCAGGUGUUUUUUUUAGUAAUAUGUUGAUCAUAUUAAUUUGAUAGAAGUAUCAUAAAAGUAUGUAUCAAAUAUGAUACAAAAGGCAUUAAAGGGUUCGAUCUUAUCAGAAGGUAUGAUAAUGAUACUCCCCUCUAAUUCCAGUUUGUAAUCCAUUCAGAAGAACAUAUUUGGAACAUGACGUCCUUGAGCUCCUCUCACUGAGCUGUGGGCAAAAGAAACCAGUUUACAUGUAAAGCUUGGGCAAUGUUGCUUCUCUUCCACACUUACAUGCAGCUGUCCUUCCCCAACAUGGUUUGUUUACAUUUCUCAGUCACCCACAGGAGCACUGUAACGCCUGUAGCUCCACUAGCCUCCAACCACAGAGCCUCGCCCCUAUGAUCGGCCAGGCCUGGUUUUCAAAGCUGUGACUCAAAUCCUUCGCAGCUUAACAAAACGAUCAGUGAAGACGGUGGUUGGUGGUUAUCUUACAGGUGAGAGCAAUUAUAACUGACAUGUCAAUGCGAGAUAGACAGCUGGAAACCCGACACUGACUACAGUACACAAAAAGCCGUUACAGGUGAGAGUGAUUGUGUUCAAAUGGUUUUCAUCCAGCGAAAACAGACAAGGUGGAGGAGUGUUUAUAAAACCUUGAUGGCUGUAACCGACGGACAAUUGAAGGGUUGAUUUAUACUGAACCCCGGGCUACAUGAGAUCACUGCAGCUGAUCACUCUCAAAUACCGCUCAGCUGGACACUUGUGAAGAGAGCAUGCCUUUUGUGAGGUGGAGAGGCUUUGGACCAUAAUGGGAUUGGCGUAGCAGUCACCUCACCCACAACCUGGCAUCCUGAGAUCCUCUGUGUUGUUUAAAGGGCCUGAGGAAUGUGGAACAAAUCCCCUCAGCUCUAUCGGCCUGGGCGCGCUCCCCAUUGGCCGGGCUUAAGAGCCAGGGGCCUGCGCAGGAGCUUACAGAAUUUCACAUGGAGGCCAGAAACAGAGGAACAUCCUGUUUGAGUCUAACCGCCUGUCUUACACUGGCUUUGAUAUGCCUUUAACCUGUGCACUUCUCUCUUGUUUGUCAGGGUGUGUGUACAUGUUUGAAAUCUGGACUGUGGACGUCCUGUCUGGCAUCUCGAUGAAACCAUCUUUGUUCUUUAUCACUGUUAAACCUUCUUGUCUUUUGGCUUUCAGCUAGACUAAAGCGGUUAUGUGAAGAUAUCCCCCCUCGGAGACAAUAAGCAGAAUGAUCAAUCGAAGCAAUGAAAGAUGAACUCAAAGUUGCAGCCCUUAUUCAAUUAUUUAAUAAACUCUGACAACCAACCAGCAUCGUCAUGAGACAUGCACUGUUACCAGUCAUUGAUCUCUGAGAGUUAGCUUACGAAUGAACAAGUAAAAACCGUUGACUGUAUAUACUAUGGAUAACUUGGUUCCACCUUCCGCCAGUGUAUGUAUUUGAAGUGGAAAAGCUCUCAGUAAUUCCGCGUUUUUUGUCCACUUCCUAAAACCAACAUUGCGCAACUUAGCAUUGUACGCACUCCACCACUUGCGCAGUAGCAUUGUGCACAUCCGGCGGGAGAGUCGCUGAGAGUCGCUGUGAUGAAGCUUGGUUCAAACAGCGUAUCCCUCGGGUGAGCUAUGCAAUCUUCGUGCACCCAUAGGCUGUAUCAAGUGUCAAUUAUAGAAAACAUGAACCACCUAAUAACUUUUAAAAAUGGAGCUGUACAGAAAAAAAGAGGACUUGUAAUAGAUUUCUAAAGUUUGUCCACAGCAUCAUAAGGAUGGCUGGCAGAGGUGGGAUUUACGACCUAUACUGCAGCCCAUCACCAGAGGGUGCUGUUCUCCGAGUGGCUUCACCCAGCGAGGAGGCAGACACUGUACAUUCUAUAUACACUCUAUAGUAAAAACAUGUACGCUAAAUAUUCAGGUCUAUAUAUUUGAUAUGAUGAAGACCAGAAAUGAAAUACAACUUCAAGACAGCAUCACUUUUGACUCUUAAUAGAACCCAAUUUAAUAACUUCAGCUGGAGCAGGUCAUUAAAUAUUUGACUGCGUAUAACACAUGGCGCUGGUCAUAUAAAAGUCCACACAGUGCCUAUCCCAUUACACCAUCAAGCUCUGUUACUCCUGAAUUAAACCAGCAUUCCCUCAGUGGUGCAGUCAUUCUGUGUGUGGCUCUACUUUUUACGCAUUACUUCACUUUUCUGUGUUGUGAUACACUGAUCUGUGACAGGCAGGCCGUGUUAUUCAUUUUCCACUCACUAAUAAAACACACAAACGGUGUUAUGAUCACCUACUUCUAUGACUUCAUACAUUGGCCUAGCCCAGAUUCAUGAGUGUCACUGGUAUGAAGUGCAUGGCUUCAUAGUCUCUACAGUAGCUGUCUGAGAGACAGCUGAGAGGUCGGCUCUCUGUUACAUCAGCCUCAUAUCAAAGCCCACUUUAUUGAAGGCGAGCUGAUUACAGCACCGAUGACAGAUGCAGUGGGUCAGCCAGAGAUGCUAAUCUUUGUUUAUGCCAUCCAGCAGGUCAUAAUCAAAGUGAGGACGGGACUAGAGAGGCAUGUAGAGUUUAGCAGUGAGUCGUUCCUGAUUGAAGAGGGGCGGGUGACUUACCUCUCGCUCUUACAUAGACAGGCAAGCAUGCUCAUCUCUCCACACAGCUGUUGUUGUACUAGGACUGCAGAGGCUUCACCCUCUGAUUCAUGUCCUGCCAAGGGAGAGGUCUUGCCUCCUCUUUGACCUCAUAGAGUGAGUACUGCUACCCUGAAAGGGCUGUAUCUGGGCCAUCUCGGCCACAUGGGGCCGGUCCAAAUGAGAGGAUGGCAUUCUGCUCUGAUCUCAUUCCCGUCCAUUGAGAGACAUGUCACUUCAUACUGACAUUUAAAUAGAAAGCACCCUAAUUAGUAGACAAAGACAGGUUUUAGCUGUCUGGCAGUAAAAAGGAUUGAAGAGGUGAGGCUGCGGUUUUUUAGUCUGAACUUGAAAACAGUCAUGUUAUUAAAAGCCCUUGGCUCAGUCAUGAUAAAAGCGCUCAUAAAGUAGAAACUGAAUCAUAAAAAACAUGCUCUCUACAUAUGAUUACAGUUUUAGCCAGGCUGAGGCAAUAAAUCAACUUUUUUUAACUGCAUGUAAACGUAUGGACUGUGAUCACGGUAAUCAUUCAUGAGGCAGACUUAUUUACAGCCAGCAGUAUAAUAAGGUACUAUACAAUACUACAUGGUACUAAACCAUACUAUACAAUACUCUACGAUAGUACACUCACAGUCUUCUUGGAGAAAUCUGUCUUGAACUGAAGUGCUGCACAUGUUCAACUCCCCCCACUAUAGUAUGAUAAAUAAAAACACUAAGAAAACAACAGUCUGAAUACAAAAAGUGUAUAUCAGAGGAACUGACAUGUAGAUCUGUUUGUUUUCACAUUUCCACUGAGAAGUGUCUGUUCUGUCGAUGCUGAGCCCCAUAAUUACUUUGACUGGGACUCAAAUCUGAGGUCUGAUAAACCAAAGAAAGACACCAACUCAUUGUUCUUUUACUGUCUCGCAAGAGAAGAGACAGAAGUUGUGCAACCGGCCUUCUCUUUUGAGCGUCCCAUAUUUCCAGCCCCCCACCACCAACCCCUCAUCACUCCCUCUCUCUUCCUCUGCCUCUCUUCAGUAUAACCGCUCACAUCUGGUUUUGAGUCAAGGCCAGGUUGGUUUCUUCUGGAAUGGAGACCUUUUAUUUCUCAAUGGCCCCUCUCCCUCUCCAGUUUAAUACCGCGGUGAAGAGUAUGCAGUUUGUUUACGAUUUGGUGUCCUUUUCCUCAGUGUUACACAACUCAGUCCUCAUUUUCAUCACUUGGGAGCCACACAAUCAUCCCCAAUUAAUGUCUAGAACUGGUGGUCUUCAAGGUCUUUAAAGUGUCGGUACUUGAAUACAUUUUACUUCGACUUUACAUUCUGGAGAGCUCCGACUGUUAGUCGCCCAGUUUUGGCUCCUGGGACACUCUGCGUUAAACAGAGUUAAUUGCUAAGACACUUUAUCUGGUUUGGAUAAGAAAGCAACCAAAACAACACAGCGGCGUCUCACUUCAGGGAGAAAAAAACACAGAUUUAAAAGUAUGACUGUUCAUAUCCUGUUUUUGUAUUUUUUCUCCUAGCACAUGUUUGUAAUUGGAUACGCAUCCAGGCAUCUGAUCAAGUUGCUGUUUUAUGACCUGAGGCGACAGGAACUGAGUGUUAGCCUCACCUGCUUUUAAAGAUUCGAGUUUGGAGUCGUUUAAGUUUUGAAUUUGAGCAUAAAAACACAAAUACAAAUGGUACACAGAUACAGCGCAGAAGGAUUCAGCUGUAGUUGAUCAUUUGAAUAAGAGAAAAAAAGGCUGGCCCUUGUAAAAGAAUUGACAGAUAAUGACAAAAAUAGUCAGUGAACUUUACAGGCCGCCACAAAGAGCUACCCUCUUGCUUACAAAGCUAACUGUGAUGAAGCGAUGUUUGUUUUUAUUUUUAAAAAAAACAGCUCUUAUAUCGCAUGGUUUUUAGAAUGGACCAAAAGAAGCGUAUGUGCUUAUAUUCAGGAGGUGAGCUUGAUGGGGGGAUGUGAGAACAAAGAUGUGCAGUGUUUUCCAGUGGGAGGAUGGGUGGCAGGCAGGCAGUCAGAGAGAGGGAGACUGCUGGGGGAUGUCUGAUGUCACCUGGUAGGGAGCUAUGAAAGCUUCCCCUGGUUACCCUAUCCCACAUAAAAGUCUGGCAGUAGGCUGAGGCUUUGGGGAAGCUUGGCAGAACUGCUGCAUUAAACAGGAACAAACAUCACACACCUCUCUGUCUGUCUCUAAUGUCGAGGUGUCUCGGAAACAGAAUCUGUUUACAUGGAGCGCUGUCAGCGCUCAUUUCAAAAGCACUGUUUUCAAGACGAGUAUCUGGUGUCAUAUGCGGUUUUCAUUCUGUCUUCCCCAUUCCUCACAUCACACACUUUUUCUAUCUGUAUAUCAUAGGUUUCAGGUGUUCUCCACUGGUGGAAAACAAGGCCCACUUUGCUGUAAAAUGCUUACACAUUUGUCUACAGAGCACUUUGUGAUCUGAUAGCGAAAGAAUGAGAGCUGCGAGAUGCCAGAACGCUCUUAAUUACACAUGUGGUGGGCAGAUUUGAGCCCGACACCGUGGGCGAUGUGGAUGGAGAUGCCAUGUGUUUAGACGUUAAACUUGCAGACUGCGGUUAGACCCAGCCUGCUCUCUCAUUAGCUCCCCAAAAGGAUGUAAUGAGCAUGGAGGUGGAGGUGGAGGUGGAAGUGGUGGAGUUAAGAAGCCAUGUGUUCGACAUAAGCCCUGCUGGUCCCCGCCUUGUGCACACAGCAAGACAUCGCUUCAUAUCUGAAAUUUUAAUUAGAGACACUUUUGGCGGUGGGUUGAUUGAUUUGUUUUGUAAUAUUUAACGAGUGCCGUCUUUCAUUUCAGGUGCUCAUACCUUGUUCUGUAGCCUCAUGGGAAUGAAGAUGAGGAGAAUCAAUGGGUGUCUUUGAUGUUUUUUCGUGCUGCAGAACAGUGUGUGUGUGUCUGAGUGUGUGUGUGAACCUCCUCCUCCUUACAUACUGCCCUUCAUUAAGGGACUGCGGUACAAAGCCAGGGAGAUAAAAGCAUUCAGUGCGGAAAGGAAACAACAACUUGGCUGCAGAAACCACCAAAGAUGGAAACUGUGUGUUUUGUUUAAGGAUGCAUAUGGGCUUGCCUGGUUUUGUAGUGUGUGUGAGUUUGGUGAUUAAAGACUUCUGCCUGUUUAGAGCCCAGGAAGCAACACCAGUUGUCUCCACCUUUCCCAGAAGUCUUCUAGUAUCUGUUGGAAAAAAUACCUCCACCUCUCCCACUGAGUACUGGAGUUUGCAGUAGAUAGACUCCUAUCUGCUUAAACAAACCACAUCCUCCUCUGCUCCUCUCCUCUUAUCUGCGUCUCCACUCUCCCAUCUUUGUUCUCCUUCUCUUUCCCUCCCUCUUUCCCCCCUUUUUGCUCCUCUCAGUCUUCUUUAUUCCUCCCGCUUCUGUUAUUCUCUCCUCCUCCUUCUCUUUCUAAUACUCCUGUUCUUUUACUGUUUUCCCUCAACGUCUCCCGUGGCCAAUUUACAGAGGGGUGUCCGAGCCUUGACCCUGACACUCAACCAGCAUCCCACCUCCUCCCUCAGCGGUGAAGGUCAGGGCUAGAUUACAGGCUGGAGGUAUCAUCCUCUGAAGUGAAGAAUAAUCACGACCUCUGAGACUGUUAAAUAGAACCACAGGCCCUGGCGCUGUCAUUACUCUCAGAGAGAAAGAAAGAAAGAAAGAGGGGAAGGGGAAGGAAAAGAAAGGAGAGGAAGGGAGGGGGGCUCGUUCACCUAAACGCAUGCAGAUGUUCAGACUCUGGCUUGAGCCUGGGCUCUGUUGAAGGUACACGGAGUUCUUUUGUUUGCAAGCAUCUAUCUGUUUUUUAUUUGUCUUGUUUCAGUGGGCCUCCUUGAUUCAAUCUGGUGGGAUUUUAUUUCAAAGUGUGUGCAGAGCAGCUUAGAGGCCUAAGAAUGACGUAAAUAAGAUGAAUCAUUUGUUGUUUAAAUACUUGUGGUUUAGGGCCUGUGCUGCACUUAAUUUUCAUUGUUUCCACAAUGCAGUUGUAAUUAACGAAAGGCUCCGCUUGUGUAUGUGUGCGCACUCACGGAGGCCCAGUUGCCUCCGCUUCAUCAUGCCUGUGCAUCAGAACAUAUGUGGGAUGGUUCUGAAUACAUUGUGGUUCUGUUUUAUGCAGCAUAUAGAUUAUUCACAUAUGACAGCUAAGCCCUUUACCCCCUUCUACUCCUUUGUCCUGCUUUUGUUUUACGGCUGUGGAAUUGUGUUUUUAAUCAGUCCCAUCCUAUGUGCGUGGAAAUUUCCAUCUGGCAAUUAUUCUCUGUUCAAAAUAAAUACACACAUGUUGCUUGGAGCUCUUUGUGAGACUUGUUUUAUAUAAACCAAACUUCCCAGAGUCAAGUUUUCAAUAAGAAACGUGAAAAAAAAGGACUUUUUCCGAACUCAAAGCAUCUUCUCUCCCCACCAUGUCAAGCAGAACAAACAGACUGGAGAGAGAGAGAAGAAAAGCCCAGGUGAUGAAAUGUAUUAUGGGUCAGUUUAAUCAUUAUGAGGGUCAGUUUGAAGGGCUUGGAGGGAUAUUAAAGGCUUGGCCAUGGUCACUGUUGCUGUGUCCCAGACAGUGAAACACAAUAAGAGUGCAGAUGUUCAAAGUGUUUGGCGGUGCUGGAGCCUCCACCGCUCUCGUUCCCUCUCAUCGGAGUAGGAAAUGCUUUAGCUGGAACUGUUUGUUUUCUCUCUGUCUGUGGUCUGAACUGUAGAUUCACUUACAUCUCUGACCCCACCUCUACCCAUGUCUCUCUCUCUCUUUUUCUCUUCUUUUCUAGUCCCAGGAGUUUGCAAAUGGUGAGCUGAAGGAAGGGCAUCUUGCAGAUCAACACUGUCCCCUAGAGGGUAAGCGUAGAAGGAUGUUGUCUCACUCAUUGUAAAGCCACAUACCUUAAGAGACCAUGAAUAUUCACAGCUGUACUAAAAGGUUAAUGAAACCUCAGGGCUGGUAUAUAUAGAUUUGUAUUUUAAGGAGUAAGUUUAAGUAUUUAGUAAGGUUAAAUGCAACUUUUUUGACUGAUAUUUGAGGUUAUUAAUACUACUUUUAAUUACUAUUGUUGGGUAAAAUAAUACCUAAUUUAGAUCAAACAUGCCUACAAGUAUAAAAAAACAACUAUAUGCACAUAUGGAAAUCUACUGAGAGGCCACAAAGUCCAAAACCAGGAUACUGUGGUUUCAUUUUGAAGGUAUGUUUUGCAAGUGUAGCUGUAAAUUCUUAAUUCUGCAAGAGUAAUCAGUUUUGUUGUGUCUAACUUGGACCCGUCCUCUUGUGUUGACAGUGGUUCUUCCUCCAGAGAAGGCUGAGGGCUGUGAGAGUUACCUGCAGUACCUGCACUCAGAGGAUGGAGAGCGGGUGAUCCUUAGAGACAGGACCAAAGCUUCGGGGAAGAAACGCAUCAGUAUAGAUGUAAGAAACUAUAUACCCUGGCAACAGUGCAUUGUGGUUGCAUUACAUUGAAACUUGCAUUUUCAAAAUGUAUAUACACAAUAAAGAUGCGGAGAAUCACAGCAGGGUCUAAGUUUGAUAUUCCUGCGCAGCCCACAGCAGGGAGUUAUGUGUUUACUUUCCCACACUCUCCUUGUCCCUUCUUGAGGCUCUCAGUGUCAGAUAAUAACUGAUGGGACUUUGAGUUUGAGCCCUUGGGUGAAGACCUGGAUGUUGAUUUUUAACUAUUCUCAAGCAACAUGCAGCAAGAAUAAACAAAUUAGAUCAAUAGAUGUAGCAAUGACAGCAUCGGCAAGAGCUGCUGCAGUGGGUGAAAAUGAUUUAACAACAUAGGUAAGAAAGUAAAUACAUGACAGGAACAUCAAUGAUGUGCCUUUGCUCUGUGCACAGGAAGACCCGUAGGUUUGUUGACACCACUCCCAAACCAUAGCCUGAUAGAAUUUUAGGGCCAAUAAAAAAUAAAUAGAUGGUAAUGUUUAGACUUGCACAUAUUGGAAAAACUGCUAGGAUUAGUCCUGUGGUGAUCCUUCCUGGAUCUGUGAGCUGAGGUGAUAUUAGAGGACCUUAAAGCACUGUGUCUUUUCUUGGUCUUCACACAGUGUCAGCUCUCCAUGGUGCCUGCAGCGAGGUCUGCAGGCCUAAUGUUUAUCUUUACAAUUAUGACCAUGUUACCAGAUACACGUGAAUUCAAAGCUGCUGCCAAAAAAGUUGUAACUGAGUAGAGCUGUGUGCUCAUUUUUUCAUUUCUGCUGGAUGAAGGCAGAAACAGAAGAUCACAGUGGCGAGGCCCUCAAGUCAUUUAACGACAUAAAUUGAAGGCAGCUGACAAGCAAUCAGUUUAUGUGUUAAAAAAGGAUCUAUUUCCUACUGUGCUGCCUAUUCAUCAAGUAUUUAAAGUGUCAUACACUUGCUUUUCUGCAUAUGUGGUUAGUCUGUGAAUGAAUUUACUUAUGUAAUUAAUUUAAAACUCUAAUUCUGAUAUGAAACCAGUUGUGAUCGUAAGUCAAGAACACUAAUUGGAAGAAUACAGGAACUCUUAAUAUUUUGAAAGAUGUUUAAACAUGAGCGACUGUGACACUGCUUUCACAUGUACUCUGCUGCUCUCUUGAGUUACUGCAGUUGUAUUACUUCAAAUACUGCUGGAGGACAGUUAGCUCAUCAAUACUGAAAGAUAAAAAAAAUAACCUAGCUAUGAUAACUAUCUGUGCUUUUCUAAACUCACAUCACAAAAUGGUUAAAAAGUACACAACAGAACAAAUGGAGGUGGGUAAAAUGGUGAAAUGAAAACCUGCAGGAUUACCCAGUCACCUACAACAGCAUGGCCAAAAGAUACUAAUUUAGCUCAGUUGGUAGAGCAGGUGCCUGUAUACAUUGGCUGCAGUCCAUGCUUCCUGGAUGCUUCUUUCAUAUUUCUUAACUUUUUCAAGCAGUCUUGACGGAUAAAAGCAAAACGGAACAAAUGGAGGUGGGUAUCCAUAACUAUUAGAUAAAGUUAAUUCAAGCAAAUUCUGAUUGAAAAAAAUAGAAAGAGAAAUUGAAAGGUGGUCACUGACUCUGCUGACCAGAUUUUUGGGGUAGUUUUAGACACACUGAGACCCCUCAGGAUGUCUUCAUUACAAGGCAUUAUACGUCAUGAUUUGCCUCAGAUAUGACGUUGAUCAAGUAUGACUUUUAUGUUUAUGUUUGUAUCUACAGGACUUGGAGUGUGACGUUUCUGUGGAGGAUGACAACCGUCAGGAGUGGAUCUUCACUCUGUACGACUUUGACAACAGUGGCAAAGUUACCAAAGAGGUAAGAGGUGUACCUCUGAGUGAAUGUACGCUUUGAUUACUACCUGCAGUCCUUGAUGUACCUCAUGUUUCCUUUAGUCUUCCUCUUUCACUUACCAUUUUGUCAAAGGUCAGACUGCAAACUGCAUCAACUGUGUUUUAUCUGUUACUGCAGGACAUGUCGAGUCUGAUGCACACCAUCUAUGAUGUGGUGGAUGCCUCUGUGAAUCACUCCUGCAAUAAUAAGAGCAAGACUCUGCGAGUUAAACUGACUGUUACUCCUGAGCCAAGGUCCCACAGGAGAGAAACAGGAGCAGGUAAAUGACAAGAUAAAAUAUCAUCCGAACUCAAACUUUGUUUCAGACCCCAGUUAGCUGUUGACGAGCACAGUAAGCUAUAUCUUUUAUGAUGUAGGUUUACUUUUGGUUCUGACACUAAAAUACACUUCUUGUUUGAUUUUGAGGUCAGUUAUUUUUGUCUUUGGAGCAUCUUAGGUGUUAAAUAAUCAUUUCACUUCACUUUCCUACCUGGCACUUGCGAAUAGAAGUGUUUUUUUUUAUAGAUAACAUUUGUAUUUAAAGUACCUGGAUCAUCUAGGCAAUUAAUUGUUAUCAGACCUGUUAAACACUAAGAUACAGCACCCAAAAUACAUAAAAACUUUAGAAUUUAAGCUCCAAAAUAUCUAGCACCCUAAAGGACAUUUUCAGUAUAGACGUAUCUGGUAAAUGUUGACAAAAAUAAGGAAAUUACAAACAAGCUUAGAAGAUGUAAAAGCAGCCUCAUUCAAGGAAGGAAGUUACCGGACACUUUUCCUAGUCUGAUCUCUUGAUCUUUUUCUCUUUAGAUCGCUGUCACCAGGAUGAGGGGCGUUCAGCUGACAAGCGGCUGUCCUCUUAUACUAGGUGAGUUCACAUUAAGUACCCUUUACUUGUGGGCUGCACCUUUGUGCAUCAUGAUCAUGAGUUUUUCAUUAUUAUUAUUGUUGUUAUUAUUUUGUAGCAAAGGGCAGAGCAAUGAAUCCCCAGUCACUGAAGGUCAACAUUACUGCGUGGAUGAAAACACUGAGAGAAGGAAUCAUUACCUGGACUUGGCUGGUAUAGAGAACUACACUUCCAGAUUUGAAGGUGAGUGAAUUUUUAGUGUUUUUGUGCAUCUAAAUAGACAUACUGUUAUCUCACUGGCAGGAUGAAAGCAGACUCUUUAUAGCAUCAGUGAAAAUAGCAAAUGUUUUUUAAUCAUAUAUUGAACCUGUGCUUCUUUUCUGUCCAUGAGGUACCACCCCGGCCUUCCCGCCCCAGGAGCCUCAUGGCCGGAGCUCCCAGAGUCAAAGCCGCUCACGUUCCCAAGAACCAGAAACUCAAGUUGUUCAUCAGCGCCGCUCACAGAUCAUCAGUGACAGCUACAACCCCACAGAGUCUCGAAGCAAGGGUGCGCAGUUCCUUAAAUCCCCCAAAGGGAACUACAAGGGAGGUGGGGGUAAUAAUGGGGGCAGUGGAGGUGGCAAAUCCACAAAAUGCCAUGGCUAUCACCCACCUGGGCAGACCCUGCUGCACAGUGGCAGCGCAGCAGGACAUGGCGGUCAGGAUGUGUACCACUUACCACACCAAACCCAAACCUCGGCCCACCACCAGCACCCUUUGCAAUACAGUCACAGCAAGCGCCUUAGGGCCAAAACCCGGGAAGCCCUGUCCCCAUCCAAAACCCAGCUGUCUCCUCAGUCCCACUCACAGCAGCACCCACCUGUGCCCUCUGUACUGCCCAGCCUGGAGAGAGAGCAGGCAUCUGGUCCACCUAACAGCCCGGGAUUUGUGGUUCCUGUGGUCCAGCGUCACGAGCACCACCAUCACCACGAACACCACCAUCACCACCACUACCACCACUAUCAUCAGACAUGA